AGUAAAUUUUUUAUUUUUAUAAUUCCUCAAAAACAACGUCGUUUCCAAACGAUAGGUUAGCAGGACAAUGGAGGUGUCACCGCUUUGUGAUAUGUUCUUGAGGUCAUCUUCAGAAAGCAGUGGUGAAGACGAUGAUGUUCCAGUGAAGGAUUGCAAUGAUACUAAUGCUACCCCUGAAGUAACAAAGUUUCAAAUUGUUGAAGCUCUGGGUGUUUUAUGUUCUAAAGGAGAUGUAACUUCUAGAACUAGUAUUAUUGAACAUAUUAUGAAAAAGUAUCCAAAAAUUAAAAAUGAUUCAAUAACUCGAAAAAUAGUUAAAGCACAUAUCAAUGAGUUACGGGAUGCUGGAGACAUUAUUUUUCUAUGCAAACAUCACUUUCGUUAUAACGGCGAAUAGUGGCGGCAUUAUUCACACCUACCUACCUUCAUACGUACACCUAGAAGACAAAUUUGAGGAAAUCGUAAUAAUGGCAGUGAUAUUAUAUUGUCUAAGUGACACCACUGCUUAAUGUUUAAUAUAUAUAUUUUUCAAAUUUUAAAUAUUUGUUAAUAAAUUUGAGCAAUGAGUUAAUCAGUCCAGAACAGUA